AUGCCGGCCUCUACCGUCAUAUACCCCCCUAAACCAAAGUAUAGCUUUCUUGACGACUAUAGUGAAGGCGCACACCCUCAAUUGUUAGAGGCCUUGGUGGCCAGCAAUGGCACCCAGGAGACAGGGUACGGAAAUGACAGGUACAGCCAGGAGGCCCGCCAACACAUCAGGAAUCACCUCGGUCGUGAUGAUGUAGGCAUCUUCUUCGUCCCCAGUGGCACUUCUGCAAAUGCCAUCUCCAUCGCGGCUUGUUUGCGGCCCCAUGAAGCCGUCAUCGCUGCCAGCUCAGGCCAUAUCGUCACCAGAGAGACUGGCGCCGUCGAGGCAACCGGCCAUAAAAUCAUAAAUGUCCUGCCUCAAAACGGCAAGCUGACGCCUUUGAGCAUUAGCCAAGCUCUUGAGGCUAACUGGCAUUACCCUCACAUGGCGAAGCCGCGCUUGGUGUACAUCUCCAACGCGACCGAGUUCGGCACCAUCUACUCCAGGGCUGAGCUGGCCGCCAUCAAGGCCCUUUGCGUUCAAAAUGGCCUCCUGUUAUUUAUGGACGGUGCUCGCAUCGGCGCUGCACUGACCUCGCCCAAGAGCGACUUGACGCUUCGAGAUGUUCUAGACUUGGUGGACAUCUUCUGGAUCGGUGGGACCAAGAACGGGGCGCUGCUGGGCGAAGCUAUCGUUGUAAAGGACCCCAGGCUGGCCGAGGACUUUGAAUUCUAUGUUAAGCAAAGAGGGUCUCUCCUUGCCAAGGGCCGAAUAAUUGGUAUAGAAUUCUCCGAGUUGUUCAGGGAGAAUUUGUAUUUUGAGCUGGCCAAGAGAGGCAACAAUGCAGCACAGAAGCUGUCCCGCUCCAUCGAGGCCGCGGGAUACUCUCUUCUUGUGGACACGGAGACGAACCAGAUGUUUGCAAUUUUGCCUUUGAAGCUCAUUGAGAGGCUGCAGCAGGAUUUUAUUUUUUACGUGUGGGAAAAGUACGAUAUUGAUCACGCCGUGAUUCGGGUGUUGACCACCUGGUCGACUGACUUUGACCGGGUGGAUGAGUUUGCUCGUAUUGUGAUGAAUUGGAAAGCAGAGUAA